CCAGGCCCGGCCGCCAUGUGCUCCCUGGGGCUGUUCCCCCCCCCCCCGCCCCCCGGCGCCGUCACCCUCUACGAGCUCAGCAACGCGCUGGUCUGCGGCGCCCCCCCCGAGCCGCUGCCCCUCGCCCUCCAGAGCCAGCUGGCAGACCUGCCGGUGCUGAGCCUGCCCAAGGAGACCCUCAAGGCGCACAGCCGGCUGGAGCACAGCGCCCGCCCGGCCUUCAUCCACCACCGCGAGGCCCUCUGGAAGCGCUGCCUCAGUGCCUGGCGGGACGUGGGGCUGAGCGGGGUGCUGAGGGAGAUCGCCAGUGCCGAGGAGGAGGGGCUGCGGUGGGCGAAGGUGGGCUCGAGCCACGCGCUGGCCCUGUGCCACUGGCUCUCCUCGCUGCACGGCUCCUUGUUCCCCCACCUCUCCCUCGCCAGCGAGGACAUGAUCGCCGCCUUCUCCCAGGCCGUGGACUGGGCCGGCUGCACCGUCCGCGCCUUCGCCUGGCACCCCCACACCAGUAAGUUCGCCGUGGCCCUUCUCGAUGACUCUGUCCGGGUCUACAACUCCAACAGCGCCACCAUCCCCUCGCUGAAGCAUCGCCUGCAGCGGAACGUGGCUGCUGUGGCCUGGAAGCCGCUCUGCGCCUCCAUCCUCGCCGUCGCCUGCCAAAGCUGCGUCCUGGUGUGGCACCUGGACCCCACCUCGCUCUCCACCAGGCCAUCGUCCGGCUGCGCUCAGGUGCUGUCCUACCCCGGGCACAGCCCCGUCACCAGCCUGGCCUGGGCUCCCAGCGGGGACCUGCUGCUCUCGGCCUCACCGGUUGACACGGCCAUGCUGGUGUGGGACGUGUCCACCGAGAACUGUGUCCAGCUGCAGUGGUUUGGGGGCGGUGGUGUCACCUACCUGGCUUGGUCACCCGAUGGCAGCAAGGUCCUGGCGGCCACCCCCUCGGCGGUGUUCCGAGUGUGGGAGGCUCAGAUGUGGACGUGCGAGCGGUGGCCCACCAUCAAAGGACGCUGCCAGACGGGGUGCUGGAGCCCAGACGGCAGCCGACUGCUCUUCACGGUGCUGGGGGAAUCCGUCAUCUACUCCUUGUCCUUCUCGGAAUACCGGGGGGAGAUGCAAGGGCAAGUGGGAGGCUCGAAAACCGCUUCUAUCGUGGCCGAUCUGUCCGAGACCACCUUCGAGACGCUCUAUGGGGAGGAGAGGAUCGGAGGUGACGUCCACUCCAUGGUGUGGGACCCCACUGGCGAGAGGCUCGCGGUGAUCAUCAGAGGGAAUCCCGACGCUCCCGGGAGCCAGACGGUCAUCGCUGUGUUUCGCACCCGCAACAGCCCCGUGUUCGAGCUCCUGCCGUGCGGUUUCCUGCGGGGCGAGCGUGGCGCGCAGCCCCAGCUCAUCGCCUUCCACCCCUGCUUCCAGAAAGGGGCUCUGCUGACCGUGUGCUGGUCCACGGGGAAGAUCAGCCACGUCCCCUUCUUCUUCACGAGUGCCCACGCCCCCCACGCCAGCCCCAGCCGCAGCCCCGUGGUGGCCAGCGCCAGCGUGCGGGAGCAGCCUCUCUUCUCCGAGCUGUGACAGCACCCGGGGGUCCUCCACCACCCGCCGGUGGCUCGGCAGCUCCUCUCCCUGAUGAUGCUCCCACCAUCCUCCCAGGAUGUGCCGCGUGGCCUCGAGUGCCUUCCAUACCUCCUCGGGUCCGUGGGGCCGGUGCCAGAGGGAUUAAAGCUGGGGACGGAUCCAGGCGGGCUCCUCUCCCCUCCUGUC